GACGUGAUUAGCAGUUUUGCGGGAGAUGUAAAUAUAGAUGAGGGGCUGCGAGCGGGGAAGCGGGACUGUGGGGCAGUAGGGAAGCUGUGUGGGGCAGUAGGGAAGCUGUGUGGGGCAGUAGGGAAGCUGUGUGGGGCAGUAGGGAAGCUGUGGGGCAGUAGGGGAGCUGUGUGGGGCAGUAGGGGAGCUGUGUGGGGCAGUAGGGAAGCUGUGUGGGGCAGUAGGGAAGCUGUGGGGCAGUAGGGAAGCUGUGUGGGGCAGUAGGGAAGCUGUGUGGGGCAGUAGGGAAGCUGUGGGGCAGUAGGGAAGCUGUGUGGGGCAGUAGGGAAGCGGGACUGUGGGGCAGUAGGGGAGCUGUGGGGCAGUAGGGAAGCUGUGGGGCAGUAGGGGAGCUGUGGGGCAGUAGGGGAGCUGUGGGGCAGUAGGGAAGCUGUGGGGCAGUAGGGAAGCUGUGUGGGGCAGUAGGGAAGCUGUGUGGGGCAGUAGGGAAGCUGUGUGGGGCAGUAGGGAAGCUGUGGGGCAGUAGGGAAGCUGUGUGGGGCAGUAGGGAAGCUGUGUGGGGCAGUAGGGGAGCUGUGGGGCAGUAGGGGAGCUGUGGGGCAGUAGGGAAGCUAUGGGGCAGUAGGGAAGCUGUGUGGGGCAGUAGGGAAGCUGUGUGGGGCAGUAGGGAAGCUGUGUGGGGCAGUAGGGAAGCUGUGGGGCAGUAGGGAAGCUGUGUGGGGCAGUAGGGAAGCUGUGGGGCAGUAGGGAAGCUGUGGGGCAGUAGGGAAGCUGUUGGGGCAGUAGGGAGCUGUGGGGCAGUAGGGGAGCUGUGGGGCAGUAGGGAAGCUGUGUGGGGCAGUAGGGAAGCUGUGUGGGGCAGUAGGGAAGCUGUGUGGGGCAGUAGGGAAGCUGUGGGGCAGUAGGGGAGCUGUGGGGCAGUAGGGAAGCUGUGUAGGAGAGAGAACUCCCAGGCACCCUGGUACCCGCCCUCCCUAAGGCUGCAGCUCACUGACAGUGGGGGAACUCUGUAAUCCAAAAAUAAACAUGGAAGAAGCCUGUGCCGCUCAAGGAAAGAAAGCUGUGGGCCCAAGGAAAUCCAGUCCAGUAAAGAGCAGCAAUGCUGUACUUAGAAAGAGAUCCACCCCCUCGCCUAAUGUUAAGGCAACAGUAAACGCCGUUCCCUCAAAGAAACUCAAAACCAGUCCCGGGGACUUAUCUCUAAAGGAGCCUCUCACAAGCCCGCCUCUCCGAAGGAAGUCGCUACGGAGAUCUGUUGCCAAGACGCCCAAAUCAUUGCCGCCUGUGCGUCGAAUUAACACAGAGCUGUGUGAAGCCAUCAACUUGGAGUUACCGGAGAGUGAGAGAUUUUCGGAACUUCUUCAGUCUUGUCUUCAGUUCUCUCUGCAGAAACUUGAAGACUCAUUAAAACACAGUGAUGGAUUUGACCCCAAGUCCUUUGAUGCAAAAGUGUUGUCAGUUACCCAAAAGAUGAAGCGUUUCACUGAGCGGCUGACACGUGAUGGAACAUUAAAGAAGUGUACAGAACGAGAAGACAGUCUUUCAGCAGAUCCAGAAACCGAGGCUCUAAAGGCCCAGAUUGGGGAAUGUACCUUGAAGUUUUCCAAUGAGAGUCAAGUCUGGGAGCAACUACUCGAAGACUACAAGAAGAAAGCGGAAGACUUGUCCAGGCAUUUUGAAGAAAGUAAAUUAACGGGAACUCCGUGUGCCAGCAUCCCACGCGUGCCAACGUCUCAAGAUUGCGUGCUGAACAGCAAGCCAGACUAUAACCAGAUACUGGCCCAGCAGGGGGCAGUGUUUGACUGCAUGGAGCUUGUGUUGGAUGAACUCCAGGAAUCAGUCCAUUUACUCAAUUCUUUCUUGGAAGAAACAUCGCAGCACCUACAGCGGAUGUCCUCGCAACUCAAAUCUAGGUCGUUCAAGGCGCUAGAGGACUCGCCCAUCCGAAAACUUCUGAAGGUUUCUCAGAAAUAGCAUUUUCAGCCAGAGCCGUAUCCAUCGCAGGCUGAGCAAAGACACAUUGCAAUACAUUUUAAUAGAGCAAGAAAUCAGCGUUUCAAGGUGAUUUCAUGCCUCCAGCGAAAGGGAAGGACAUCUCUUAUCCGUCUCUCUUGGAAGUGCUGUGGUGCCAAGAGCCACGUUGGCCGGCUGUGUAGCAUGGCAGAGAUUAGGGAGCUAAGUGCCAAAGCUUUGUUACCUUCCAGUGAUUGUUCGUGCAUUUUAGAAGAUUUCUGUUGAUAAUCUGCAACUUUUGCUAUUCGCCCUGCUAUAAACGCGUGUGGCUUUUAUGAAAAGGCAAUAUACACAUUUCCAUGCAGUACUCUGCUCAGUACAGGGAGCUGCAAUGUAAUGGAAUCUCUAACAGAAGCUAUGAGCAGUCCUUGGGCAUUUGUUUCUGCUGCAGAUGUGCCUACACAGUUCCAUUCCAGGCUGUUUCAGACCAGCCCCACCCAUUAUAUUAGACAUUUCUUGUUAUCUAUGAAGGCAGCUCACACACUAACUAAUACUCAUAGCAAUCAGACUGAGGUCACUGUUUACCCAAUGUCCCGGCUUUGUUGGCCAGUUUAGCUCUUCUUAGGACUCCCUUGUUUACUGGUUGCCUAGACACAACCUUUCUUAUGACUUUCCCAUAAUCUUCCCUACAUGAUGGUAGAGUUGUGGGAUAUCUAACUUAAACCUGUCCUAUGUUUGUUGGUACAUAUUUGGGCAGCUCUAGGCUAUGUUCUGUAUGGGAUAUGUGGAUAACUGGGUAAUUUGCAGACACUCUAGAUGAAAGUUUAAGAGCCCAGCCCUCAUGAAUACAGUGCUGUCAAACAAAGGUACUGCUGUAUUCAUGGGGAGAAUACUGGUCUUUGUGUCUUUGUUUUGAAGCACUGAGCCCUGCAAUUGUAUCCUGCCCUGCACAUAGUAAGUUACCCCUAUAGGUUUUUAGAGAAUGAAUUUAGUUUAUGACCAAAGUGUUAAUUGUUUUUGCCACUGCAAAGUUCAUUGGUUAAAGCAUAAAACUAGCACGAGGUACGAUGAUUGGUUGGUCAUAUCUUGGAUAAUACAUUGAACCAGAACGAUAGGAGCCAUGAAUUCUGCCAAGACAUCCGAUGAUUGGUAUGUUGGGCAAUAUGCCAGAGGGGUGCAAUUUUGGCAUCUGUGUUUCAGAUAUCCCACAACUCUCCGUGUGUUUGGGGGAGAUGAUAACAUAAGAGGAGAGCUACGGGAAGUCAUAACGAAGGUUGUCUCUUGCUUAAAGCUGGGAAUGCAAAUUGAGCCAUUGGCCUAUACAGUUACUCAUUUCCUCUCAAUAUUUCCCAUGGAUAAACAUAAAGGGAAAAUAAUAGGCACUUCUUUUUAUUUACGUUGCUUCCAUGUUAAACUGACCUGUUAACCAAAUGCAUAAAUCAGCGUCAAAAGGCCGCUUUCCUUCAACGAGGGGCUAAUGUCCAACUGCUUCGCUAUUGAUUUCUCACACAUGCCGAGCUGUGUCGCGCAUGAUUAAAUUAUUGACAUUCCCCCCCCUCACUUUAUAUCAAUUCACACGAGCAAUCCUAUGUAAAAUAAUUCAGUUGCUCUGUUUUAAAAUGGAAGGGAGGACUCUGGAUCCCUGCUGACCUCCCAUCAUCCUUAGCGUUAUGGAAAAGGUUAUGUUCAUGACCUCCGAUAGAUUUAUUUGCUCUCUUUCCUGAUCCUUUUUCAGUUAAUACCAUCUCCCGCAACCGAUUUAAAAGGAGCCAUGACACUAUGUACCGUCAGCUCUUGCACUUACUGCAGCGAUGUAAUUCCAGCUAUAAACGCAGGGCAAUUACAGUAAAGGUGCUGCAAAUAUACACAUAACACCUAUUGCUAUUGAUUAUGUACAUGUGACUAUUUAGAAAUAGAGCCGUGCCAGGAAGCUUUGGCAGCCAGUGCAAAGGUCUGUGCCUUCCUCAGGCCAACCACCCAUUACCCCCUGUCUGUGUGCUGUUGUGUCUACUGCAAUAAACUUAUUUUCUGGAA